AUGUUCGAGAUGCUGGUGGACUUCAGCAACUUCCUCACUAGGCUAAAUGUCACCUUUAUGGUGUCUGAGGGCACACUUCUUGGCGCAGUUCGAGAUGAGGAUAUAAUUCCGUAUACGGCAGACCUGGACAUAUUCGUACCACGAGAAGGUUGGGAACGGGCAAUGCUCAUCAACGAGGAGCAGAUGGGCCCGAAGUCCUACCACUUCAUGGUCGAUCCAGACCAGCCGCACUGUGCCCGGCUGUGUGCUGUGUGGGAGGGCUACCCUGUAAAUCGAGCGCCUUUCAACGAACACUUUGAAUGGGACACCGAGAAGGUGGGCAACGACCUGGCCUAUUACAUGGACAUUUACGAUGAAGACAUGGACUUCGCCAUUGCCACCAAGCACCUGAUCUACCCACCAUCUGCCGUGAAAAUCCGCAAUCACACGUUUCCUGCACCGCGGGAGAAGGAGAUUUACGUGGAGGCAAGGUAUGGGCCCUCCUGGCGCGUCCCCGACCAUCAGGCCAGGGAGCUGGCGGAGAAGUAUCCAACCCUCGAAGAGGCAAGGGUCUGGUCUCAGAACAUGCUCAUGUUGCGGGAAGCACGUCAGGAUUUGCAUGCCGGGUUCCGCCUUCUAGAGCGAGCCAGCGUUAGCUUCAAGACGGGUGAUAUACAAAUCCGGGCAGAUCAGGACCCGCCUCAUUACUCGGCCAAGGCCGUGGUCCUUGAGGGCUUCGAGAUGUCCGCAGACCGGAAGGUCACUGCUGGGAGGGUGACGAUCUUCCCCCCCGAGCUGGAGGAAGAGCAGAUCGUGGAGUACGUCAUGUACUGGGCCAAGCAGGAGAUUUCUUGGUCAGAUGAGCUGCUGAUUCAGCGUGUGGACUCAGGCUUCUCUUCUGAGGAGGACGCCACCGAGAGCUCGACCACGAAUGAGGCUUUGUGGUACACUCCAGAAGUGAUUCGGCCUGUCGUCAAGAUCUGGCGCUGCAAAAUGGCGGCUAAUCCCUUCAAGGCCUGCAGCGUCCGCGGCAUGCCCUUGCAGGUGGCAAUUCCCACAGGCAUUUCCGUGCCAGAGACAGCAACUCACUUCGGAGUUACGGCAGCAAACGAGGCAGGGGAGAACGCCCGGCUGACGGCUGUACGGUUGUCUGGAGAGGAGCAAGACGGGUUCUCGAGCAAGGUCCUCUUGGGAGUCUUGCAAGGCUUUUCCACGACGAAUCGGGCAGAAUGUGGUGCAGGUCAGCAUUCCUUGGCACUCGAUGGCUGGAAGAAUGCCUUGGAUUCGAUGAUGAAGCGCAACGAUGCUUCCAUGAAGGAGGCGUUGAGCCUGUUGUCAGACUGGCUGGAGCCUGUUGCUCUCACACUUCAGGACUGUGGCGCUUCCAACUCGCACCAAGAGUUUGCAGCAGCCCUGUUGCGCCUCCGCAAUGGUGUUAUGUUCUACCAACCCGGUCAGGCGCUGUCAAUCGACAAGGUGUCCAUCUUCCAUUGGGUGAACACUGCCAUCGCCUCUUUCAGGAGGGAGGAGUACGGGUUGUUCGGCAGGGAUGUUGGCAAUCUCGUGCGCCAGCUGGUCCCGCUAUCCCCGGUUCAAGAGCAGGCUGCAUCGAAGCCCGCCGAGUCCGUUGUGCCUGAAACCGCGGCGGAUGCCGACGAAUCUGUGUCCUCCAGCUCGUCUGCGCAGGGCCUGAAAGUGGCGCGUACAGAAUGA